AUGGUCUCGCUGCAGAGCACUCGUGACAAACCUCUACACGACCAGAGGCGUCGCAUUUGGAGCGGGGCCUUUGGUGAUAGGAAUCUGCGGGACUACGAGAAGCGCAUGGUCCAGUAUCGUGCUCUCCUAGUGAAAGCAAUCGACAAGUCUGAGAAUCAGCCAAUUGACAUGGCAAAGUGGUUCAAUCUUUACACAUUUGACGUGAUGGGUGAUCUCGCUUUUGGUGCUUCAUUCAACAUGCUCGAGACGAGCAAAGAACAUGAAGCAAUCGGGCUACUCAACUCAGGAUUGACCCCUUUGGCAUACAUGCUUCCUAUGUGGUUCUUCCGUUUUAUGACGGCAAUUCCUGGAAUGGCGAGGGACUGGUGGAGAUUCAGGAGCUACUCUACUUCGCAGAUGGAGAAACGUAUUAAAAUGAAGCCAAAUACGCCAGAUAUCAUGAGCUCUCUCCUAAAACAUUCAGGCGAUCAAACUCCUACUGGACUUGAUCGUACCUUGCUUGAGGGGGACUCACAGCUCAUCGUUGUUGCAGGAAGUGACACCACCUCGGCUACAUUGACACAUAUCUUCCGAUUUUUGGUCGAGCAACCGCAGCAUCUCAAUAUAUUGCGUUCUGAGGUCGAGAAUUUGCCCCGUACAGAGCUUGGGGACUACCAGCCCCCUGAUUUGUCAGAACUGAAGCAUCUGAACGGUGUUAUCAACGAAUCGCUCAGGCUCUACCCCCCGGUUCCAUCGGCACUUUAUCGCCUAACCCCACCAGAAGGCCUAACUAUAGACGGGACAUUUAUUCCCGGGAAUACAAAUGUGUAUUCUCCGCAAUACGUCCUCGGUCGGAAUCCCGAAUGUUACAGCAAACCCGACGAAUUCAUUCCGGAGAGAUGGUAUUCGCGUCCGGAUUUGAUGCAAGACGCGUCAGGCUUUGCGCCAUUUUCUGCAGGGCCUUACGGCUGCAUUGGGCGACCCUUGGCAUUGUUGAAUAUCCGGGCAACAGUUGCGCGCAUUGUUGUUGACUAUGAUGUUCGGUUGGCCCCUGGUAUGAGCUUGGAUCAGUUUGAUCAGAGAUUGACUGAGCACUUCACUCUCGCACCUGCACCAUUGAGCUUAUGUUUCAAUAAACUUUAG